AGCAUGCGCAUGCGCGCAGCGGGCCCUGGUGCGGGACAGCUGGCGCCGGGUGGCAGCAACAGAACUGGAGGCGGUGGCCACUGUGGCCAGGAGCUAGCUGUGCUGCAGGAGCCGCAGCUCGCACACGUGCUGGCCUUACACGGAAGCAGCCUCUGCGGCCAACCCUUCUCAUUCUGUGGAGAUGGCGGGUGAAAUCACAGAGACCGGGGAGCUCUAUUCUCCUUAUGUCGGGCUGGUGUACAUGUUUAACCUCAUCGUUGGCACAGGCGCGCUCACCAUGCCCAAAGCAUUUGCCUCCGCCGGGUGGCUUGUCAGUCUUGUCCUGCUGGUAUUCCUGGGCUUCAUGAGCUUUGUGACAACCACCUUCGUGAUGGAGGCCAUGGCAGCAGCCAACGCCCAGCUCCACUGGAAGAGGAUGGAGACCCACAAGGAAGAGGAAGACGAAGACUCCUCCACCACCUCAGACAGUGACAUCCUCACCCAAGACAACUAUGAGCGGGCAGAGAAACGGCCCAUCCUGUCUGUGCAAAGACGCUCAUCACCCAACCUUUUUGAAAUCACAGACCGGGUGGAAAUGGGACAGAUGGCUUCCAUGUUCUUCAAUAAAGUGGGGGUCAACUUGUUCUAUUUCUGCAUCAUCGUUUACCUGUACGGAGACCUCGCCAUCUACGCUGCGGCGGUUCCCUUCUCCCUCAUGCAGGUGACCUGCAGUGUGUCUGGGAACGACUCCUGUGGUGUGGACACAGACGCCAAAUACAACGACACUGACCUGUGCUGGGGGCCCCUGGGCCGGGUGGAUGCCUACCGGAUCUAUUUGGCUGUCUUCACCCUCCUCCUCGGACCUUUCACCUUCUUCGACGUCCAGAAGACUAAGUACCUGCAGAUCUUGACUUCUCUGAUGAGAUGGAUCGCUUUCGCCAUCAUGAUUGUGCUGGCCCUGGUGCGCAUCGGGAACAGACAAGGAGAGGGGCACCCACCCCUGGCCAACUUCUUGGGGGUUCGGAACUUGUUUGGGGUGUGUGUCUACUCCUUCAUGUGCCAACACUCCCUGCCUUCCCUCAUCACCCCCAUCUCCUCCAAGCGCCACAUCACACGCCUGGUGUUCCUGGACUACGGGUUGAUCCUGGCCUUCUACGGACUCCUCUCCUUCACGGCCAUCUUCUGCUUCCGUGGCGACAGCCUCAUGGACAUGUACACCCUCAAUUUUGCAAGGUGCGAUGUUGUGAGCCUGGCUGCUGUGCGAUUCUUCCUGGGCCUCUUCCCCGUCUUCACCAUCAGCACCAACUUCCCCAUCAUUGCCGUGACCCUGCGCAACAACUGGAAGACGCUCUUCCACCGAGAGGGUGGCACGUACCCGUGGGUGGUAGACCGCGUGGUGUUUCCCACCAUCACCCUGGUGCCUCCCAUUCUGGUGGCCUUCUGCACCCAUGACCUGGAGUCCCUGGUGGGCAUUACAGGAGCCUACGCGGGCACCGGCAUCCAGUAUGUCAUCCCCGCCUUCCUGGUGUACCUCUGCCGCAAGGACACCCAGCUGACCUUUGGCUAUGGAGUUGUCAACAAGCAUAGGUCCCCGUUCCGCCACACCUUCUGGGUGGCCUUUGUGCUACUGUGGGCUUUCUCCUGCUUCUUCUUUGUCACAGCCAACAUCGUCCUCAGCGAGACCCAGCUCUGACAGCAGGAUGCACCUGACAACAGGAGGCAGGGACAGCCCAGCGCCAGCCUCCCUGCCUCCGAGCAGUUUCUGAGUGCCACCCAGUCUACAUGAGCAUGCUAGACCGGGGCUCUCGGAGAAGGCCUUCUACAUCUCCAGCUGGUGUCCUCUCCCGACACAGGCCUCGCCCUGCAAGACAGCCCUCCUGCCUGGGAACGUGGCUGUCCCCAGGUUCUGGGAUGGACCCAGUCUGUCACACACAUCCCUCCACUCCCGCCACUGGAGGCUGGCUCCUUUCUCUGUGCAGCGGGGGAGACAGUGCUGGCACUGCUGCUAUUUAUACUAGACCCCCUGUCCCCUUCUGCAUCAUCCACCGUCCACUAGCAGCGGCUGCCUCUUCAAAGGCGAGUUCCCAGGCCCCGGCUCUCCUAACCUGGCCUACUUGUAAUGGGCAGGGCCCAUUUCCUGACAGUCCUGACAGUUGCUAAGUAUUCCUCUUGUGGGAGGCCUGGCCAGCUCUGGUGACAAGGACAGGAAGUGUUCAUUGGUCCCAGGGUCCCUAGACAAGAGCUGUGAGAGUUUUUGCUGUGGGUGACACCUCUGGUGCAGCAGACAGAUGAAGCAACCCUUCCUUGGGUUUAAAGCCACAGGGUUUAAAGCUUCUGCCCCCUGGCUUCUGCUGUGGAGCCCAGGGGCCUCCUGAAGUGCAGGGUCGGCUUGAGAAGCUGCCCUCACUACCCAUCGUGGCUGAUUGCCCUGGAUCUAGGACAGGGAGAGAGCAGAGUGCCCCCCUGCGAAAGGUCCGCCCUGUGUUCCGUAGCCUAGCUUCCUCCCAUGCUGCAUUGCAACACUAAGGUGGUAGUGGCCUUAGGAGUGUGGUCGUGGGUGCUCAGGGGCUCCUGUGGAACUGGAGGGGGUGUGGAAGGAGGCCAGGCUCCCCGCUGCCUCCCAUCCAGUCAGCAUGCACCCACUAGGCCCAAUGCCUUGGAAUGACGAGCGAUUUAAUGAACUGCAUUUUCAAUGUGCCUUCUGCUUUGGGCACCAGGGAUCCCUCCUUACCCUGACUUGCCCCAGCCCUGGGCCUAGUCCCGCCUGCUCUGGACAGAGCUGCCUCUGGGGUGAAGGGUCUCAGACCCCCAGCCCUCCCUCUUGAUUCCAGUGCCUUGCUCGACCCUCAUGAGGGAACUUGCGCCAGCCACCCCUUCCUUCCCUUCUACAUCCUGCCGUAUUUAAAGCUUGAGCUCUGCUGUGCUGUUGGGUGCCCUGUGACCCAGGGGUCCGUGCAGAACCCUCAAGGAGUGUGGGGUCUACUGGUGGCACCUGCCGCCUCUGGCCCUCUGGCCCCAGCAUCCCUGUGUCUAAGAAUCUCUAGGUCACAACGGGCCCGUCUACAGCUUCGUCACCGCUGUCCCACGUUAGUAGUUCUUGAGCAUCAUCACUGCCCAGCCACAUGAAGAGCAGACAGCCCUCCACCCAUCUGCCAUCACAGCGCCUUCCUAGAAGACCCUGCCCCAGGGCGGGCCAAGUGGGGAAAGCAGGUCCCGGGAUGAGGAAGGCCGCCCAUCCUCCCUUGUGCGGGCCGAAAACUCAAUUAAAAUAUCUUACUUACCCUUCUCCCUCUUGCUUAAGGACAAAGCAAAUUAAAUCAUCUUACUGAAACAGACACACACACACACACCUCAUCCUGCCCCCAGGCUCCAAACCAAAUGUCGGUGGAAAGUUCAUUAGCAUCAUAAAGCCCAGGUUGAGUUAUAUGGCAACCUGGAGCCACACACAGCAGUAGCGUGGUCCAUGGUUCCCCUCCACCUCCAGGUUAAGUUGGGGAGGCCCCAGCCUAGGAGGGAGGAGGGACCCGGUGACCACUGAUGCCAAGCUGAAGCCCCCCACCCCCACCCCUGCACGCUGUCUAGGUUCUCUGCUCUUCCAUCUCCACCCAUUGUCUGGUCUGCUAGAAGUCACGUGAGGUCACCUUCCUCACCACACCAGGCCUCUGUCACUGGCAGAGGAGUCGGGCUUAGCGUCCCUGGGUGUGGGUGACACUUGGUCCCCCACAGGCAUCAAGCACAUUAAAUGCUUUUGCAUCCCCUGGGUAAGGUGAUGGGCCAGGCCAUGGUGUCUGUUUGCAAAGAGGCCCUGAGGUUACUGGUGGGGCAGACAGCAGAGGAGCCUCCCCGGCCUGGCCCAGAUCCGACUCUCCUUGGAGGAGGUCUGGAACUUGGCAGUAGGCACUGUCAUCUACCUGCAUUGCUCUCCGGACUAGCCCCUCCCGAGGGCAGGCCAGGUCAAGGUGGGAGCGAGCAUUCACUGGGCCCAGCUGUGCACAGAGCACAGUGCCAGGAACUCUGGCUGUGCCUCACCCGAGGCUGGGAGCUGGGGCAGAUGGCAGGUGACAGGCUGCGGGGCACUGCUGAGGGCCAGAAAGUGGCAGUGGGCGCCAGGCCAGGCCCAAGGCCACACAGCUGUCCUCACCACAUAGGGCCAAGAGCAGCCUCAGCAACAGGCAAUGCCAGCCUCAUGAGGCUCCAGCGGAAGAGGAGUCUCUGGUGGUUCCAGGCCCGGGGGCAGAGGAAAGCUGAGGCCUGCCUGCCGACUGUUGCCAGGGGCCACUGAGGUUAGCUCUCAAUAGCCAGGCUGCAGGCAAGCCCUGUCCACCCUCCCAGGGGCAUGCUUCAGGCCUGGAACAGUGUUGGAUACACUGUGAGGACCAAACUAUCAGACCCCGUGGCCUCUGAGCAGUGGGCAUCUGCACCGCCCCUCUUCUAGGUACCUCCAGAUCAUGGAAUGAAAGGACUGAACGUAGCCCAGCACCGAAGUCCUUAAUAAAGCUGCUAUUACCAACA